AUGAUAGGCAUACGGACUCUGCCUCCUGCCUUAAGUAAGGUUUCUAUUGCUAAGUGUCCAGUUGGUAAACCUCUUUUUAUUCUCCACAAGUAUUACGAGCCAGGCGACUUCAUCAUUGCAGGCAUUUUCUCUCAGAUCUACAUUUUUUCAAGUCCAAUCAGCUUUCAGAAACCACCUUCUGAGGAAGGUUUUGAUGACCUUGUGAUGUUCACUCACAAUUACCAGCACAUCCUUGCCUUGGCAUUUGCUGUGAAGGAAAUCAAUGAGAAUGCCCAACUCUUACCCAAUAUUAGUUUUGGCUUCCACAUUUUAAACAGCCAUUUCUUUGCAAGAUGGACCUACCUUGCCUCAAUGGAACUACUAUCUACAAAGGACAAAUUCAUCCCCAACUAUAAAUGUGAUAGUCACAAUAACAUCCUAGGAGUCAUUGGGGGACCCAAUUCUCAAGUCUGCCUGCACAUGACAAAUAUCCUGAGCACUUACAAAGUACCACAAAUCAUUUACGGGUCAUCUCCAAUAAUAGAAGACAAAACCAAAGAAGAUUUCUUCCACCAGAUGUUUCCAAACGGGACCCAUCAGUAUAUGGGGGUUCUUGAGUUGCUGCUGCAUUUCAAGUGGACCUGGAUUGGUGUAGUUGCAUAUAAUGAUGACAAUGGAGAAAUAUUUAAGCAGACUAUACUUCCCAUUUAUUCUCAGCAUGGUAUCUGCGUGGACUUCUUAGAAACAAUGCCCAAAAUGUCCUUUUCAGGUGAUGUUGCUGAAGCAGCAAUGGAAUGGUUUUCAACUUCACGUGUUGUCACAGGAAGUAGUGCCAAUACUGUUAUUAUACAAGGUGAACUGCAUACUAUUAGUGUCUUAAGAUCGAUUUUCCACUUUGCACAGUUUUAUGAUAUCGCAAUUGAGAGCCGUGUGUGGAUCAUGACAGCCCAGAUGGAUUUUGCUUCUCCUGGUUUUCUAAGAGAUUGGGACAUACAUUGCCUCCACGGAGCUCUGUCCUUUGCAAUUCACACAAAUUAUCCUAGAGGAUUCCAUAACUUUCUGCAAAAAAGAAACCCUGCUUCAGAAAAUAGAGAUGACUUUAUCAGAGUAUUGUGGAAAGACACAUUUAAUUGUGAUUUCUCAAAUUCCCCUCUAGAAGAGAAAAAUGAGGAGAUCUGCACCGGGAAGGAAAAGUUGGAAAAUUUACCUGUGACCCUCUUUGACACAAGCAUGUCUGGCCACAGUUACAGCAUCUACAACGCAGUAUACAUUAUGGCUCAUGCUUUGCAAGCAAUAACUUCAUCCAAGACAAAACCAAGAGCAAAUGUGAAAGAGAGAGCACAAUAUCAAUUCAAUCAAGAGCCAUGGCAGAAAAGACCACGUUCCCUGUGUAACGACCAUUGUGCUUCAGGUUCAAGUAGGAGUGAAAUUGAAGGAAAGCCAUUUUGCUGCUAUAAGUGCAUUCCAUGUCCAGAAGGGAAGAUGGCAAGUGAGAAAGAUAUGGAUGAUUGCAUAAUAUGCCCAGAAGGACAGUAUCCAAACAACAACCAUGACUUAUGCCUUCCAAAACACAUAGUUUUUCUGUCUUAUGAAGACCCAUUAGGGACCAGUUUGGCCACUACCGCAAUUGUCUUUGCCGGCAUUGCCACUAUGGUGCUUGGGAUCUUCAUCAAAUAUCAGGACACUCCCAUAGUCAAGGCCAACAACCGGAACAUCACCUACCUUCUCCUCCUCUCCCUUGUGCUCUCAUUCCUUUGCAGUUUAUUAUUCAUUGGAAAACCUGAAAAGGUGACCUGCCUUUUGCGACAAAUUGCUUUUGGGAUCGUCUUCUCAGUAGCCAUUUCUUGUAUAUUGGCCAAAACCAUCAUUGUCAUUUUAGCUUUCAUGGCUUCAGUGCCAGGAUCCAAGAUGAGGCGAUGGCUGGGCAAACGAUUAGAUAAUUACAUCAUUGUUUCCUGUUUCCUCGUCCAAGUUGUUAUUUGCAUUGUAUGGCUUGUAACCUCACCCCCAUACUCAGAUGCUGAUAUGAAUCUAGUGAUAGAUGAAAUCAUUCUGGAAUGUAACGAAGGCUCUACUGUCAUGUUUUACUGUGUCUUAUUCUACCUGCUUUUCCUUGCCAUUGUUGGUUUUACUGUGGCUUUCCAAGCCCGGCAUUUACCAGACAGUUUUAAUGAGACCAAGUUUAUCUCCUUCAGCCUGUUGUGUUUUUGCAGUGUCUGGUUGUCAUUUUUUCCAACCUAUCUGAGCACCAAGGGGAAAUACAUGGUGGCUGUGGAGAUCUUUUCCAUUCUGUCUUCCAGUGCAGGGUUACUGGGUUGCAUCUUUUUCCCCAAAUGCUUUGUUAUUAUUCUAAGGCCUGAUCUGAAUGACAAAAAGCAAUUGAUGAGAGGAAAGAAAGAAAAACUAUAA